AUAAAAAAUAAAAUAAAAAUCCAUGCUGCUUUGGUUCUCGUCGUGGCCAGCUAGCAUGUCUGCCGUCUUCUGUGAGGCUUGGAUAUUCCGUUUAUUAUUGUCUUUCUGUCGUGUUCUUCCAAUUCAACUUGACAAAAACGAAAUCUAAACGUAUCCUAUGCGGCUAAAACAAGUUGUAGUCAGUUUCUUUCAACAGUGAUAGCCAAUGAAAGGCUGUUAAAACCACUUAAUCCUCAAUGUUGCUUUGACAAGCCAGAGAACACGCCCUCAGCGACGCCAUCUUGGACAUCCUGAGGAAUCUACUUCCAGACUGCGGUCUGUUCAUCUCAAUACUUCAAAACUCCUAAACACGUCACAAGUCUGGUACGUGGGUCUUUCCAGUGAGUUGGGGAAGAAUGAGGAACCAUGGCACAGUUUGAAAGCCUGAUAUGGACUGUACCUAUUAUAUUGGUGCUUGUAAGCAUUGGAUGCUGUAUUGCAUGUGGUAGAGCUGAGUACAGAAUAAGGGAUGAAUGUUGUCCCAUGUGUUCACCAGGAAAUCAUGUAUAUAAGCAUUGUACUGAAUUCACCAGCACCAGCUGUGUGCCCUGUGUUGAUUCUACAUUCCUUGAUGAGCCCAAUGGUCUCAUUAAAUGCAAAGUGUGUACCAACUGUGAUCCAGGUUUGGGUUUGAAGGUAAAGCAGUCAUGUAGACCUUCAUCAGACACUGUCUGUGGGACACUGGAGGGCUUCUACUGUCUAGACCCAACUAAGGAUGGUUGUAGAGCAGCCCAGAGACACAUCAGCUGUAAACCUGGUCAAUACAUCAGUCACACAGGAACAACAUCUACAGAUACUGUGUGUGCUGACUGCCCUGAUAAAACUUAUUCAGAUGGAUCAUUAACAUCUUGUCAACCACAUACAGAAUGUGAAUUCUUGGAAAUUGAACCGGGAACUCCUUGGUCGGAUUCAGAAUGUGGAGUAUCCUCACUUCUCACAGCUGGAAUCAUAGCUGGUGUUCUAUUUUUUCUGAUAGGCACCAUAGCUGGUGUUUGUUUAUUUAUGAGAAGAAGAGAAAUAGGGAGAAAUAUAAAAAACUUGGGCUCUCAAAUACCUACACAGGCAUCCCCAGAUCAGGAAAUACCAAUGCUGUCUGGGGGAAACAAUUCAAGCCCCCAUCACAGUCAAGGACUCUGCAUUCUGUAAUCUGUUUUCCACUGGCUGGCUGGUCCAGCCAUCUAUAGUGUAUCUUAACACUACAUGUUAAAUGUGGUAUUGUAGAAUCUGGUUGAUAUAAAAACAGGAUUCUACAGCACAUUCAAUUGUAGUGUAAAGAAAUUAAACACAACCACCAGUAAUUAGAAUGACUUCUAGAUACUUGUUGGGAGAGGACCACUGUGUCUUUGUAUCACAUGGGGAUCACAUUGUAUCACAUGGGGAUGUUCAGUUCAUCAGCCUGAACUGUCCUCACUUGGGUCACCGAAUAGCUAGCUUUUCAUGUGGGCACCACUGGUAAGAUGCUUCGGAAGGGUGGUCACAUAUCAGCUUCUGCCUACAACCUACAGACUGGUCUAAUAAUAUAAUAUAUGCCAUUUAGCAGACAUUUUUAUCCAAAGCGACUUACAGUCAUGUGUGCAUACAUUCUACGUAUGGAAAGGAGCAUGUGAUGAGUAUAAAUUAGCUUCACCUUGCUAGGAAACAGAUUCAGUAGCUGAUAACCCUCUGCUCUGCCUACAGACUGGUCUAAAAUGGAAAGGAGCAUGUGAUGAGUAUAAAUUAGCUUCACCUUGCUAGGAAACAGAUUCAGUAGCUGAGAACCCUCAGCUCUUCCCAGGGGGAAGUCAAAUGUCUGUAUAACUUCAGGACCACAACAUCUAUGUCAGCCCAGACUAUGGAACUCCAAAUGGGACUUGAUAAUAUCUUGAGACACAGAUUACUGGAUACUGGUGCAGGAUGCAGCAUUCGCUUGGAGAAGAUUCCCCAGAAAUUAGAAACAUCGUCAAACAUGGUUAAAUGGAUAACUUUACACUACAAGAAAAUCAGGAUCAGGCUCAUAGAAGUAGACGAGGACAUCAACAAACAGAUACAACUUUACUAUAGACUGUAUGAAUCACAGAAGGGUGAAAAGACAAUAUUUCAGAAACUAUCCUGAAUGGCUUCCACUCCAUCUCACAUUAAAAUGCAGAAUAAGUAUUGUAGAAGAGUGCAGGUCCACUCAGUCACCUGUGGUGUCCCCCACCCGGUUCAUCCUCUGCCUACUUCCACUUGGUCAUGUAGUCAGGUGACUUGGGGUCCUCUUCCACAGUUUUGCGGACGACAUCCAUGUUUUCAUCAAAAACGGACCCAAAUCCCUCAAAGUACAUGCUUGGUUAAAGCGCAACAUUCAAAAACAUGUAACAAGCUGUCCUUCAGGGGGCAGUCUGGGGGUGUUUGGCUCCAGGAGAAGAGAACACCGCCUGGAUGAUCUUCAAUCUCAGCCUCUUAUGUUAGAAGACAUGACAAACUCUUUAUGAACCCUUCAUUAUGUAUGCCUUACUAUUAAUGCCUUGCAUGAUUGCUAUAGAAAUGUUUGUGGUCAUAUGCACAUCCUUUAAAACGUAGCGUACCAGUCAAAAGUUUGACACCUAGUCAUUCAUGCGUUUUUCUUUAUUUUUACUAUUUUGUAAAUUGUAGAAUCAAUAUUUUGAAAUAACAUCAAAUCUAUGAAAUGACACACAUGGAAUCAUGUAGUAACCAAAUGUAAAUCUAUUUUAGAUUCUUCAAAGUAGCCAUCCUUUGCCUUGAUGACAGCUUUGCAAACUCUUGCAUUCUUUCAACCAGCUUCAUCUGGAAUGCUUUUCCAACAGUCUUGUUGGCUGCAUUUCCUUCACUCUGCGGUCCAACUCAUCUCAAACCAUCUCAAUUGGGUUCAGGUGGUUGGGGAGGCUAGGUCAUCUGAUGCAGCACUUCAUCACUCUCCUUGUUGGUCAAAUAGCCCAUACACAGCCUGGAGGUGAAUUGGGUCAUUGUCCUGUUAAAAAACUAAUGAUAGUUCCACUAAAUUGUAUUGCUGUAGAAUGCUGUGGUAGCCAUACUGGUUAAGGGUACCUUGAAUUCUAAUGUCCAUUGCUUGUGUUUCUUGGCCCAAGCAAGUCUCUUCUUCUUUUUGGUGUCCUUUAGUAGUGUUUUUUUUUUGUUGCAGUCAUUUGACCAUGAAGGCCUCAUUCACGUAGACUCCUCUGAACAGUUGAUAUGAAGAUGUGUCUGUUUAACUAUGUGAAGCAUUUAUUUGGGCUGCAAUUUCUGAGGCUGGUAACUCUAAUGCACUUAUCCUCUGCAGCAGAGGUAACUCUGGGUCUUCCUUUCCUGUGUCGGUCCUCAUGAGAGCUAGUUUCAUCAUAGCGCUGAAAGUUUCUUCUAGUGCAGUCGAGAAAACCAUUCUAAAUGUUCCGUAUGGACUGUUGUUUCUCUUUGCUUAUUUGAGCUGUUCUUACCUUACUGUUCUUUACUAAAUAGGGCUGUCUUCUGUAUACCACCCCUACCUUGUCACAACACAACUGAUUGGCUCAAACGCAUUAAGAAGGAAAUAAAUUCCACAAAUUACCUUUUAACAAGGCACACUCCAGGUGACUACCUCAGGAAGCUGGUUGAGAUAAUGCCAAGAGUGUGCAAAGCUGUCAUCAAGGCAAAGGGUGCCUACUUUGAAGAAUCUCAAACAUAAACUAUAUUUGGAUUUGUUUAACAUUUUUUUUGGUUACUACGUGAUUCCAUAUGUGUUAUUUCAUAGUUUGUACAAUAAUAGUGAAGACAUCCAAUGUAGAAAAUAGUAAAUAUAAAGAAAAACACAUGAAUGAGUAGGUGUGUCCCAACUUUGGAGUGGUACUGUAGUUGCUGGCCUAUUACAGUCUAGAUAAAAAAAAGUGUUUAACUGUUGUCAUUAAAGGUGGUAUUAAUUAAGGAGCAUA